CGUCAACGACCUCAGGUUAAUCAACGAAAUUAUCGAGAUGCAUGCAGGAUAAGACGCGAUGAUUGUGACUCCUGCCCCCGGAUACCGUCGCAAUUAUGCACGCAAUCUUGCUUGCAAAAUCGCCGAUUGAUAAGAGAAAAACGCUAAUUGUACAUCUCGCUUUCGGGCGCGAGCAGGGAAGACAAUUGCGAAAGGUCGUUCUCUAAUCACUGGGAGCAUCCUGUCGAGACGUCGGCAGGACCUCCUGGCCGCAGGAUAUUGCGCCGCUUGCACUUCCUGAGAGGUCCUUCCCCGUUUCCCUCGACUUCCCCAUUUUCUGAUUUCCCCCGCGAGAAGGAACUCCUCUCGUCGCAUACAAUGUUUAUCGCGAGGAAUAUCUAUCCGAAUCGAUACGCUGGUUGGAUCAUAAAAAUCAGCGAAGGAUAAUAGAUCGAUCGCGACCUGGGAGGGAAUUUCGGUGCUCGGUCGGGUGCAUCGAGUCGAAUCCCGAUCUACGACAAAACCCUGACGUUCGCGGCGAUCCGUUGACUCGUCGAUAGAUCGACCUUUGUUUUUUUUUUCUUUUUUUCCACGGCCGCGAAAAUGGAAAGUUUCUCCCUCUUUCGGCGAUUUUCAGGGUCCGGCCUUCCCGAAGUCGAGAGUAAUUAACGGAGGACUCUACUAGGACUCUCUAAGGAUUCUAUCCAGGAUCGGUACACAGCCGAAAAGCCGAUAAAAUUGACGCGUCGAUCGGUCUCACAGAAAUUGAAAUAUCGAUCCUGAUAACACGUGUCCAUCUGAAUCGCUUAUCAAUUUAAAAAGGGAUAAAUCGCCCGCGUGAAUAAAAUCCCCGAGUAAUUGGAAACAUUUCUUAGUAAACGGAACAUAUUAUAUAUCGGAGCACUGAACUCGGAGCUUUUUUGAAGAAGGAGAAAAAGCUCUAUCGCUCGUUUCCUGCGAGAGGGGAUAGCAAAAAUUGACGCGUCGAUCGGUCUCACAGAAAUUGAAAUAUCGAUCCUGAUAACACGUGUCCACCUGAAUCGCUUAUCAAUUUAAAAAGGGAUAAAUCGCCCGCGUGAAUAAAAUCCCCGAGUAAUUGGAAACAUUUCUUAGUAAACGGAACAUAUUAUAUAUCGGAGCACUGAACUCGGAGCUUUUUUGAGGAAGGAGAAAAAGCUCUAUCGCUCGUUUCCUCCGAGAGGAGAUAGCGAACACGCAGAGGAUCCUGUACCGAUUCGUUCGAUGGAGGUGCAGCCUUUUCUUUUGAAAGGCCGCGCAACAUAAUCGUCAGGAAGAGAAGGCGACCCUCGAUACCCCACCAGGUGAUAACGAUCCCUGUUCGCCGUCUCUCCCGAGAAAAGUCUAGUCCGAGUGUCAAUACCGAAGAGUCCGGUUCGGUCGAAUCAUCGCCAGUCAUCGGACGUAUUUGCCGCAUCUCCCCUCGUGAUAUCGCUUAUCAACUCGCUAUUCCCUCCAAGACCUGGAAAUGGAGCAGGGAGUGCUUUUGGUCGUGUUCCUAGGCUCGAUAGCCAUCUCGUUAUCGAGUCCAGGUCGUCCUUACGGAUCCCCUGAUAACGGCUACGAGGAGUCCCCUCGGAACCGCAGGCCCAACAUCAUCGUCAUCCUCGCCGACGACAUGGGAUGGAACGACGUGAGUUUCCAUGGCUCUGAUCAGAUCCCGACCCCCAACAUCGACGCCCUCGCCUACAACGGGGUGAUCCUGAACAGCCACUACGUACCGGCCCUCUGCACCCCUAGCCGAGCUGCCCUUAUGACCGGAAAGUACCCGAUCCACCUCGGGAUGCAGCAUUCCGUCAUCCUGGAGCCGGAACCCCGAGGACUUCCGCUCUCCGAGAAAUUGCUUCCGGAGUAUCUGAAGGAAGCCGGGUACAGGACUCAUGCGAUCGGCAAGUGGCACCUGGGUUACCACCGCAGGGAGUACACCCCGACAUACCGAGGCUUCGACUCGCACUUCGGGUACUGGAACGGUCUCCAGGAUUACUACAGCCACGUGGUCGAAGCUACGUUCGCAGGAUACCGAGGGUUCGACAUGCGGAGGAACACCUCGGUGGCCUGGGACACCGCAGGGAAAUAUUCGACGGACCUGUUCACCGAGGAGGCAGUGAGCCUGAUAGACCACCACGACCCAAAGGAUCCCCUUUUCCUGUACAUGGCUCAUUUGGCCCCUCACUCCGGAAACCAGGACGAGCCCUUCCAGGCCCCCGACGAAGCCAUCGCCCGGUUUGGUCACAUUCGAGACCCGGAAAGACGCAUCUACGCGGCAAUGGUGUCCAAGUUGGAUGACAGCGUGGGCGAGGUGGUCUCCGCUCUUCGUCGCCGAGGAAUGUUGGAGAACAGCGUGGUCCUCUUCAUGACGGACAACGGGGCUCCCACCAUGGGCAUCCACAGCAACCGGGGCAGCAAUUAUCCCCUACGAGGGAUCAAGGAGAGCGCCUGGGAAGGUGGAGUGCGGGGAGUGGCGGCGAUUUGGAGUCCCCUCAUCAGGAAGUCCCGCAGGGUCUCGAAUCAGCUGAUCUACGUCACCGACUGGCUGCCCACCCUGCUUUCAGCCGCAGGUCUGGACAAGAAGGGCCUGGGGAACAUCGACGGCGUCGACGUGUGGCCAGCUCUGGUUUCCGACAAGGUCAGUCCUCGUUCCGAGGCGGUGGUCAACAUCGAUGAGAUCGACGAUUACUCGGCAAUCCGACGUGGUGACUUCAAGUACAUCCUCGGCUCGACAAAAACUGGGGAGGAGUGGUACGGCGAGGCGGGAAGAGCCGACCGGAGUCAAUCGGAGGGCACCUCUCCAGGGUACAAGCCCGAAGAGAUCCUCGGUAGCAAGGUAGGGGUCGCCAUCUCCGGGGUGAUCACUGCCAAGCAGGUCCUGGAGGUCAGGAAGCUGCGAGAGGCCAAGGUCUCCUCCGGCGAGCUCAACGCGAGGAUGCUGACGACCUCGGACAUCCUCAGGAUGAGAUCCGAGGCGGAGCUGAAGUGCAACACCAAGGAGGAGGAAAAGGUUUCCUGCGACCCCCUGGACUCGCCGUGCCUCUUCAAUAUCAGGGAGGAUCCCUGCGAGAUGGUGAACCUUGCCAAAACGAAGCCGGUGAUCCUGGCGACGUUGGAGGACGCCCUCCUCAAGUACAAGGUGACGAUGGUACCGCCGUCGAAUUUGGACAAGGACCCCCUGGCCAACCCCGCGAACUGGAACGGCACCUGGGUCAACUGGCACGACCAGGACCCCAUGGAGUUCCUGAGAGAGCUAAAGUCCUCUUCGAGGCUCUCGGGAACGACGAUCGCGAUCCUAGGGAUUCUUCUGGGUCUCCUCUUCCUGGGAGUGGUUAUCCUGAUAGCGGUGAGGCGCUUGGGCGAGCACAAGCAGGAGCCUCAUCCAGAGGACGGCAGCUUCCACGAGGUCCUGGAGGAUCCCGUGGGGCAGAGAGAGCCUCUCGGUACCGGGCAAAGGGCGACUCGGUUGUCCGGGAGUCUUGGUGAAUUUUCUCGCCUGAACGACGUCCCCAAAACCGUGGACUGACGGGACCGCCGGGGCUCCGCGAGCCCCGGUGCCAUCUUCAGGGUCAGGAUCACCUACAUCCCGAAGAGAAUCGCCGGAGAACGCCCGGCAGGAUAAUGCGCGUCGUUUUUCCAGCCCCAAAGAAUCGCACCCAGAUCGAAGACCUUCCUGAAAAGAAGGCCAGCACGCGAAAGCCGACCCCGAGGAGCCGAUCAGCGGACGGUGCCGAAUCGGACCUGGGCACGAGGGAUACAGGAGGGACCGAUUUCCAAGCUCCCCUACCUCUGGAGAGGUGUUAUCUCGACGAUACGAGUAAUCGUACCGUCGUCGAUUGCGAGAUCCCUCCCCGAAGAGUUCCAGGAAAACCGGGCUUGC